AUUUGCCGCUAUGAUCAUUGGGGAAGCGCUACUGCUACAGGGGCGACGGUCUGCUCCACUUCACUGACUGAAGUAGGGAUGUCUACAGUGAAGAAGAAGGGGGAGGGAGGUACCACUUUGUCACAGGCUGCUAUGUAGAUUAACCUUUCAAUUAGUUGUUAUCAGGUCCUCUGUCUCAGCGCGAGCCUUCAGCGAAUCGUUUAGAGAUUAAAAAUACAAGGAAACCCCCCUAUGGAUGUGCCGCUGUGAGUGUGAUUAUUUAUAUCCGAUCGUCGUUUCAGUCAUCGUGUUAAUAAAGAAGAGGACUGUAUCCGAUAAAGAAAACUUGAAGAGUUAUCAUUUGGAUCUUGAAGGAACUAACGUCAUUCGAAGGAAUCGUGUUCCAGGUCGGUCGGUAACUGUCCCAACCUUCGAGGAAUUUACUAUCUAGCUAUUUUCAUCUUAUUUUGUUAGGUUACAUGUGAGCUUCUACCUUGGAGGAGGAUUUACUGCAGGAAUGUAUUGAUGUCGAGGUGGAACAUUACUUUUUGACCUUCAAGAUGUGUUGGAUGUAUCAAAUGUUUCACAACAACAAGGGAUAUUCUCUAUGGAUCACUUUUUCCUAAAUCUCAUUGUUUAACCAUGGUGGAACUUGCUAACCCUCUGUAUACGGAGUGGAUUCUAGAAGCAAUACAGAAAAUCAAAAGGCAAAAACAGAGGCCUUCCGAGGAGCGGAUUUGUCAUGCGGUGGCUACCUUACACAGAUUGGACAAGAGAACCGUUCUGGAGCAGUUGGAGUUAAGUGUUCACGAUGGUUCCAUUCUCAAAGUCACCAAUAAGGGGAGCGUGUCGUACAAAGACCCUGAGCACCCUGGGAGAGGAGUAUCUUCAUCAACAUCAUCGCUCAAACCUGUUAGUGCAAACCUCUCUGUCCCAUUGUCGAAAGGAUCUAUAUGGAAUCCCAGUGACCUUCGCCACGUUGACUGGAAUAAAAUUCUGAGGAGGGCCAUCGAGGGUCUGGAUGAUAACCACGGUUCCUCUCUGAAGAACAUCCAGAGGUACCUAAGGAACCAGGAUGAUCUAUCACAUGUCCUGGACAACCCGGGGUUUCAGCAGAGGUUACGACUGUCCGCCAAACGGGCAGUCAACAACGGCCGGCUGGAGAAGAACGGCCCACUCUACAGGUUGAACCAGGGGGGUAGUGGAGCGGAGGGGAGGAGCCAGAGGUGUCCAGGUGCUUCCCCAUUGGCUCUUCAGUGUGUCACUCUUCUUCCACACGAGAGCGACCAGCUACGCGCUGACCCCAUCCCAAUAUGCAGUUUCUGUUUCUCUCCCCAGCUACGCGCUGACCCCAUCCCAAUAUGCAGUUUCUGUUUCUCUCCCCAGCUACGCGCUGACCCCAUCCCAAUAUGCAGUUUCUGUUUCUCUCCCCAGCUACGCGCUGACCCCAUCCCAAUAUGCAGUUUCUGUUUCUCUCCCCAGCUACGCGCUGACCCCAUCCCAAUAUGCAGUUUCUGUUUCUCUCCCCAGCUACGCCCUGACCCCAUCCCAAUAUGCAGUUUCUGUUUCUCUCCCCAGCUACGCGCUGACCCCAUCCCAAUAUGCAGUUUCUGUUUCUCUCCCCAGCUACGCGCUGACCCCAUCCCAAUAUGCAGUUUCUGUUUGGGAACGAAAGAGUCCAAUCGGGACAAGAGGCCAGAACAGCUUCUCUCCUGUGCAGACUGUGGGAGCAGCGGGCACCCAUCUUGUCUGAAGUUCUCCCCAGAGCUGACCACAAAUGUGAAGAGAUUGCGAUGGCAAUGUAUAGAAUGCAAAACCUGUAGCUCCUGUCGAAUACAGGGCAAAAACGCUCGUGAAAUGACAGAAGGUGUAACAUCUAUGCAACAACAGGGAAGCCACCACACAGCCCCACACAUGCCUCCUGUCUCCUUGCAGGAUGAGAUGCUGUUCUGUGACUCUUGUGAUCGGGGGUUUCACAUGGAGUGCUGCAACCCACCACUCUCAAGGAUGCCAAAAGGUACCUGGGUCUGCCAGGUCUGCAGGCCCAAGGAAAAUGGAAAGAAACUGCUGCAUAAGAAAGCCGAUGAGAUCAAACGUCGAUAUGCAAAGCCAAUCGGGAGGCCCAGAAAUAAGCUCAAACAUAGAAUGUCUGUAAGCAGUGGUGACGGCUCCAUGCUAGCCCGGGGAGGAAGCGGGUCACCUGGUAGGGGUCAAACGCUUACCGUCUGUUCCACACCUUCAUCUGGUCAUGCAGCAUCUGUGAAGGACGCCACAGACAGAUUGGCUGUUGCUACAUCAGACCCCUGUUGGGCCGGUGACGCUGUCACCUUCACCACCCAAUUCACCACCUCCUCCUCCACCCCCUCCACCACCCCCCCCCUCACGCCCACCUCGUCCUCCUCCACCCCAGCAGUUACACUCACUGUUAACAAGAAAACCAAAGGGCUUAUUGAUGGGCUUUCCAAAUUCUUUACCCCCUCGCCUGUCGGCCGCAGGUCGUCGCGAGCCGGCGAAAUCAUAGACCCCUCUGCCCUGAAAGGGUCACAGUCUUGUUCUCCUGCUAGGAAAAAGCCGGACACUCCGCCGAAACUAUGGAAACUCACUCCGUCUCAGUCAGUUGUUGGCUUAGCUGCAAAGUCUGAUACAACUCCGAGUCAAAAGCUAACCACCACCACCAUAUCUCCCUGUACACUCCCUCCCCCCCCCCCACCGACGUCACUUGGACAUAGCCCCACCACAUCCCUGGUCUCCUCCAGCUCCACCUCCGCUAACUCCCCCCAGAGUUCUUCCAGCCAGUCUAGCGUCCCCUCCAUCACCAGUCUCUCUAAUCACAACCAACUUAAGGGACUCUUUGACGGACUCUCUCAUAUCUAUGCCACUCAGGGACAAUCUCGGAAAAAGGGACUGCCUUGCUACGCACCACCUAAGCGCAGACACCGUAAGCAGGACUUAGGGUCCUGUGCCACCGCGUCCAAAAUAUAUCCUCUCAUUCCCCAUCCUCCCCAACAGCGCCUCGGAAAGAAAGAGAUGACAAAGAAUAGGUUGUUGUUGUCGUCCCACUCCUCCCAUCCCAGGCCCGGCCGGCCCAGGGGGCGCCCCUUUAAGGUGGUCAGUCACUUCAGACGUAGCCCCUUUUUAAAAAAGCACAGGACGCUAGGCAGGCUAAGAUGUAGAGUGACCCCUCAGAAGGGACCCCAGGAAACACCAGGAAAGGGAGACAUGACAGACGAAGGAAGAAUUAAGGCAGAGCACGACCAUGGCUGUGAAGGUGAAUUGAGGGUGAAGCAGGAACCUGGCUUCGUAGCGGUCUCCAGGGAACAUGUCACAGAGGAAGACGUGGAGAUAUUCACACAGGUCCAAGAGCUCUCGUCGCAGAGAAAUGGAACCAUGACCAUCACUGACUCUGGACGAUACCCGGCUGUCAUUGAGUUUGGGAAGUAUGAAAUCCAAACCUGGCACUCUUCGCCUUACCCACCGGAAUACUCAAGAUUGCAAAAGCUUUACCUGUGUGAGUUCUGUCUGAAGUACAUGAGAUGCAAGAACAUCCUCCAGCGACACGCCAAGAAGUGUGGCUGGUUUCAACCUCCAGCCAAUGAGAUUUACAGGAAGGAUGACCUUUCAGUGUUCGAGGUUGAUGGAAAUGUCAGCAAGCUCUUCUGCCAAAACCUCUGCCUGUUAGCCAAGCUGUUCCUGGAUCACAAGACCCUAUAUUACGACGUGGAGCCUUUCCUUUUUUACAUACUAACAAAGAACGACGAGAAAGGCUGUCACCUUGUGGGUUAUUUCUCCAAGGAAAAGCUUUGCCAGCAGAAAUACAAUGUCUCCUGUAUAAUGAUCAUGCCUCAGUACCAAAGGCAAGGCUUUGGAAGGUUCCUCAUUGAUUUCAGUUACCUUCUGACGAGGCAGGAAGGACAAGCUGGCUCCCCAGAGAAGCCUCUGUCAGAUCUGGGUCGCUUAUCCUACCUGGCAUAUUGGAAAAGUGUCAUGGUAGAGUACCUUUAUAAGCAGCCAGAUAAACACAUCAGCGUUAAAGGAAUAAGCAGGGCCACUGGGAUGUGUCCGCAUGAUAUCGCCGCUACUCUCCAGCAUCUCUGCAUGAUUGACAGGCAGAACGGCAGGUUUGUGGUGAUCCGAAGAGAGCGGUUGAUCCAGAGGCACAUGGAGAAGCUGCGAGCCAGCCCCAGGCUGAACCAGGUUGACCCUGACGCACUGCACUGGACCCCCAGCCCCAGGCUGAACCAGGUGGACCCUGACGCACUGCACUGGACCCCCAGCCCCAGGCUGAACCAGGUGGACCCUGACGCACUGCACUGGACCCCCGCAGUGGCCCUCAACGCUGUCCUGUCUGAGGAGGAGAGAGAGCUCGAGAUGGAUGCUGAGCGACUGAAGGAGCAGGCUAGUUGGGAGAAUGAAGAGAGAGCAGUGUCCUAUCUGGUGACUAGCAUACAUCACCCUCGUCCUCCCACUAAGGUCUACAGUAAGAACCCCUUCAGAACAUACGAGCGUCGCCCCACAACCGCUGGAGACCAAAGACUGCACGACUCUGAGGAAUGUAGUGAUGACGAAGAUGAGGAUGAUUCUGAUGGAUCGCCGCCCAUCCUAACGAAAGCCCAUGCUAUGUUUGGUGUCAAGAGAAAGAGAGAGAGAGCUGAGAGAGCUGUCAUGCUCAAGAAAAGAGGUCGCAAGAGAAGAAGGAUUAAUAGCAGUGUGACGACUGAGACCAUCUCGGAGACGACGGAGGUUCUGAACGAACCGUUUGACAACUCUGAGGACGAGAGGCCCAUGCCCCUGCUGGAGAGGACCUGCAGGGUGGGUGAGAUGGAAGAGGAGGAGGCGGAGGGGCUGAGGAAACCAGUGAAGAGACGCAGAGGUCGUCCGCGGCUGGAGAAAAACAUAGACAGAGACAAUCGUGAACACUGGAAUGAAGUCCUGUCAAAGAAACCGGGCAGGCCUCGAGCGGUUAAGCGCAAGAAGGGCUGGCCCAAAGGAGUGAAAAGGGGACCUCCAAAAUGGCGUCUGAAGAAGGAGAGGAAGAUGGGUUUCAAGCUGAACCUGUACACUCCCCCCGAGACGCCGCUGGAGGCCGAGGAGCCCCACAUCCAGGCCGAGGAGCCCAAGGAGGAGCCGGAGGACCAGGACAAGGCCUCGACCAUCACGGAGGAGGGGUCAGAGCCGGGCAGAGACCUGGCCGGUCGGGACACAGAUAUGGACAAGCGCCUGCCCUCAGAGCCCCACAGUCCCAUGGAGGAAGAGAGUCCUAGUAAACUGAGCUCCCCUGGGGUAUCUCCUGUGGCUUCUCCCAUGGCCUCUUCUCCAGUACCCUCCCCUAUGGCCUCUAGAGCUAGCUCCCCAGUCUUCUCUCCUGUUGGCUCCGCUAUGGGUUCUCCCGUCAGAUCCCCCAUCUGUGACGAGCCACCGGAGGAGGACCCACAAGACAGUGAGCACGGGGACUCUCAAGCUCCUUCUCCAUCCAAACAGCUGGACCACAGCACUGAAAGAUCAGCCGAGGAUGAUGAAGAGGCCACUCACCUGGACGCGGACGAUGAAGACGAGAGUCGCAUGGAGUCGACGGCAGAGCCAGAGAAAGAGGAGCGGAAGCAAGAGCCAGAGCCUUGUCAGGAGCCUCCUGAAGCGGAGUCCUGCACCACCCUGACUUUUUUACAUCCAAAUGACAACAAUAAGGAUUCUGAACGACGUCAGGAGGGGUCUGAAGGGAUGGCCUAUAGGCGCGAGGUGGAGCGGCCGGCCAACACUGGAGACGAGAGAAGAGACGGUAUCCAGGAACAGGCACCAACCGCAGUAGCAGCAGUAGACUCUGACCACCCCGUUGACUCAGAGUCAGAGGAGAGUAGCAGUCAGGAGGCUCCACGCCAGCCCCAGCAGACAGAAAGGGAUAGAGAGAGGCUUGCUGCUCUGAAUCCUUCUGCUGUGCUGAGAGACCGAGAGGAGGACCGAGAGACGGCCCAGGCCGUGCAGAGCCUCACCCAGGAGACAGCCCGCGACACAGAGACACCGCAGGACAGCUCCAGCUCGGUGUUCCACCAGGAGGCGAGCCACAGCCUGAAGACCCACCCCAUGGUCCCCCAUAGCCCCCCUCACACCCUAACCUCGCUGGACGAAGGCUGCCCCCAGUCGGACCACAGCAGCCCCCUGUCCUCGGCCCACUCCCACCCCAGCCAGUCGGUGCGCUCUGUCAGCAGCCCGGCUGUGUCCAUCCUGGAGAGUAGCGGAGGCAGCAGCAGUGGUAGUGGCGCAGGAGGAGGUUAUACCCAGAUCAGCCCUGACCAUGGCUCCAGCGGCGGAGCCUCCAUCUCAGUCCCCUCCUCCCUCCACAACAUGGAGACCAGCCCCAUGAUGGACGUGCCGUCGGUGUCGGACCACUCGUCCCAGCAGGUGGUGGACAGCGGCUUCAGCGACCUGGGCUCCAUCGAGAGCACCACAGAGAACUAUGAGAACCCCAGCUCCUACGACUCCACGCUGGGGGGCAGCAUCUGUGGCGGGGCCGGGGGUCCGGGCGGACCUGGAGGCCCCCCUCAGAACAGCUGUUCCUACGGCCCCCUCCCCCCCAGCGGCCUGGUGCAGAGCAGCUGUGCCGUCAGCCAGCAAAUGGGGGGCGUCAACCCUGGAAGCUGUGGCAUGAUUCAGCAGAAUAGCCUGAGCUCCCCGCAGCACUGCAACGUCAAGUCACCACAGGGCUGUGUGGUGGUGGUGGAGAGACCACCGAGUAAUGGUCAACACAGUCAGAGGACUCAGCACAGUCACAGUCAACACAGCCAGCACAGUCACAGUCAAACAAUCACACACAAUCCCCAUGGCCAUACUAGGCACACUAUCACUCCACACAAUCAGCAUCCGCAACACAAUCAGCCUCACAGCACUCCACACAAUCAACACAGCCAGAUAACGCAACACAACCCACACACACACCCUGAACACAGUCAGCCACAUGGUGUACAUCACAAUCAACACAGCCUUCACAAUCAACACGGUCAACACAGCCUUCACAAUCAACACGGUCAACACAGCCUUCACAAUCAACACGGUCAACACAGCCUUCACAAUCAACACAGCCACAGUCAGCAACAGGCCAUGACACAGUGCGGCAUGCCUACCAACUUCACGGCGCCCAUUCAGCUAGCUGACAUCCCUGAGUCAGGCAACCCCAACCUGAGCAGCAUCUAUGAGAGGAUGAACCAGGAGGGCUAUGGCAGCGGUCAUUACUCCCAGCCCUCGGCCACCUUCAGCCUGGCCAAACUGCAGCAGCUGACCAACACCCUCAUAGACCACCCUCACUCUCUGCCUUUCAACCACUCUGCCUCCCACUCCCACCCUAUCACAUCCUAUGCAAACAGUACCUCCCUGUCAUCACACUCGCAGCACUCUGGCAUGGUGUCUCUGUCCCAGUCCCCCCACCCCGGCCACCCUCGCCCCCAUGGGGUCUCUCCUCACCCCGGUGGCCCCCAGGUCCAGGUGCAGGCCACCAUGACCCCCCCUCUGACCUCCCCCCAACCCCUCAGUUCCCCACAGAUGAUGCUGCAGCGCAACGCCAUGGGCAUCCCCAACAUCCCUACCUCCCAGUGGACUCUACAGGCUCAGAUGGCCCCCGGGGGACCCAAGGGCCCCACACACAUUGCCAUGCGCUCCAAGUCAGCGGCCUCUGGUCUCUCCUCCCACCCACACCACCAGCAGCAGAUGUAUAGCCACACCCGCGGGCCCCCCCAGACAGUCACCAUGCAGGCCCCCUCAUCCCGGACGCUGGCAGCCAUGCCAAGGGGCAUGAACAUGGGCACGGUCAACAUCAUGCCUGCCCCUGGCAAUCCCUACAACCAUGCUGUUAGUGUCAACUCCAUGAACAUGCCCUCUGCCGCCAUCAACCACGCCAUGAACGGUUACCACGUCACAACCCAGGGGCCAACCAUGAUGGCGGCCAACGGUGGUUACCACAGCAACCAGAUGUCGGGCCACCAGAUGACGGCGGCCUACAUGAACCAGUCGCCCGGGGCCCAGUACGCCUCUAUGCAGAUGGGCAUGAUGGGAACACAGCCAUACCCCCAGCAACCCAUGCAGGCUCCGCCGCACAGCAACAUGUACUCUUCAGCUGGUCAGCACGGAUACAUGACCAACACCGGACCCAUGUCCAAGCAGACACUCAAAGGGCCUUUCAUCAGACGGUAACCCAUGGUUACUAACCUAACGGUUAACGAAACCGUAACUAAUGACAAACAAACUGAAUCAAUCUGAAUGGAUGUUUAAAUCACACAAAUGUGCAUUAUUAUUACUAUGAGUCCUAGAUGCACAAAUUUGGCCUCUUUUUGUUUGUUGAUAAUGUUUGUUUCUUUGUUUUCAUUUUGUUUAUAGUUACUUAAAAACCAGCACUUGGAAAGAAUGCAAAAAGUUUCAUCAACAAGCAAACUUUUUACAACAAGCUACUAUCUAUGUCAAAGUAUUUUUGUUCCUAACAGAUUUGUGUUCCUUUUAGGUUCUAAGCCUUACGUCAUGAAGAUAAAAAUGUAUUUAAUUAGUAUUAGUCUCCCUGGUCACUCCUUAGUGUAGAGGGGGGAGGAGACUGGAAAGAGAUUUCAUCACCGGGAGUGAGUGUAGUUAUGUAGCAGCCUCAAACUAAGCCAUCUAAUGUGCCUGCUACAAACAGACUUAAACAAGUGGAUAUUCCUAGAACCUGUUCAGUGUACCUGUCUAACAGUGCUGACGAUUAGUUUGUACUAUACUCAUGCCUUUGUAUAUUUAAAUUAUUGUACUUAUUUUGUAAAGCAUGCUUCGGUCUCCAGUCUCCGUUAGUAACAGUGCAUUGAGUAGUACUGUACAAGUGUUGUGCUUAAUAGUAAGCCAUUCUAAAUAUAUUUUGGCCUUUAUUAGGUUCCCCCUCUCACAGGGCGGGGGAGAAAGAUGAAACUAUAUUUUGUUAAUUCUAAUAAUGUAAAAAAAAAUGUGUAAACUUCUUUAGUCCUGUUCUUCUGUAUGUUUGAGAGGUUUCAUUGCUCUGUAUGUAUAAUUCUGAAGUCUUUUGUAACAGAUGUCCUUCCUUGAGGCAGCUUUUCUGUUUUAUAACACAGAAGACUGAUUUCUGUCAAGAUAACUAAGCAUAUCUCAGUGUUUGUACCCUGACUCUGAUUCUAAAACAUUUCAAAGAGGUGUACCAAUGUCGAGAAAUGUGGCUGAAUUUAAAAAAAAACAACUAAAUGAUUGAUGAUUAUUAUUAUUAAUAAUAAAGAAAUAUACAUUUAGUCCAAAGUCGAUAUUUUACAUAAAGCCUUUAAAAAGUAA